AUGGAUGAUAAAAAGAAACAUCACAAGAAAAAGAAAGUAGGUAAGAAGAGCAAAAAAAAAAAGAUUAACAAGAAUGGAAACAAUAAAAAAUAUCAUAAAGCUUUUGCAUUUAGUGGAGGUAUAAAAAGUGCUCAUAGAAGAAAACAACAUUUAUUUGAAUUAGAAGAAAAAAAGUUAAGAGUACAAAAAGUUUAUAAAGAAGGUAAUAAGAGUAGCCCUUUAAUUGUAGUAAUUCAAGGUGCUAAAGGUGUUGGUAAAAGUACUUUAUUAAAAAGUUUAAUAAAAUAUUAUGUAGGAAUAACAAUAAAUAAUAUUAAAGGACCUAUAUCUAUUUUUACAAAAAAUUUAAAAAGAUAUACAUUUAUCGAAGUUAACGAUGAUAUAUUACAUAUGAUAGAUGUUGCAAAAAUUGCUGAUAUAUGUAUACUUGUUAUCGAUGGAAGUUAUGGUAUAGAAUUAGAAACUCUGGAAUUUUUAAAUAUUUUAUACACGCAUGGACUUCCUAAAGUUUUAGGUGUUGUUACUCAUUUAGAUAAAUUUAAAGAUAGUAAAAGCAUACGAAAAAGAAAAAAAAAACUAAAUAAAAGGUACUCAGAAGAAUUAGUCGAAGGAUCCAAACUAUUUUUUCUAAGCGGUAUACAAAAUAAUAGAUAUAAUAAAACAGAAAUAAGAAAUUUAUGUAAAUUUUUAUCGGUAAUCAAAAAACCCAUCAUUUCGUGGAGAGAACAACAUGGAUAUAUAUUAGGGUUGAAAUUAGAUGUAGACGAUCUUUUAAUUAAUAAUCAAAUUACAUCUCAAAAAAAUAAUCUUCAAAGUGAACAUGUUCACAAUGAAAAUUAUGUGAAUCACGCAUCUUAUGAUAAUGAUAAUGAUAAUGAUGAAGAAAAUGAAAAAAAACUCACCAACUUUUUAACAAAUUGUGAUGAAAAAAUUAAAAUAUCUAUUGAAGGAUAUGUUUAUGGAAGUAAAAUUUAUAAAAAUCAAAAAGUACACAUUCCUAAUAUUGGGGAUGUUGAAAUUGAUAACAUACAAAUCUUACAGGAACCUUUUAAAUUAGAUGAACAAAAAAAGAACCCAAAUAUUUAUGCUCCUAUGUCAGAUGUGGGGAAUCUAACAUUUGAUUUUGAUAACAUGUAUAUUCAUAUACCAAAGAAUAAAGUCAAUUUUACCAGAGAAGAAUUUUUGUUGGCUGACCAAAGAGAGGAAACAAUUCCAGGGGAUCACAGCGGCGAAAAGAAUGGUAAUACAUUGAAGGAUGAUGAAGGAGGUGGUGAUGGAGAUGAUGACGAUGAUGAUGUAGGUGAUGAUAACGUUGAUGAUGGAGAUGAUGACGAUGAUGAUGUAGGUGAUGAUAACGUUGAUGAUGAUGAUGGUAACGAUGAUGAUGACGAUGAUAACGAUGACGAUGAUAACGAUGACGAUGAUAACGAUGACGAUGAUAACGAUGACGAUGAUGAUGACGAUAAUGAGAAUUCUGAUAAAUCCUCCCAUCAUAAUAAACAAAGUAAUGAUAAUGAAAAAUACAUCACAGAUAGCAUAAAAAUGAUAAGAGAAUUACAAAAAUCGAAUGGUGUUUUUUCAAAACAACAAAAAGAUAAUUUGAUUCUUUUUAAUGAAACGAAUGACAAUAAUGGCGCAUCCAAUAUAAGGAGGAAAGCCCCAUCGAAUGUUUACAUCAGUGAAAAACAGAAAAAGAAAAAACAGCAAGAUAGUUAUGUUAAUGAAAAGGCAGAAGAAUAUAAUAAAUUGGAAUCAAUUCUUUAUGAGAAAAAAAACAAUGACGAAGAAUAUUAUUGUGCAAAUAAUGUAACCAUUUCUUCUGAUGAUGAUAAAGAGGAAAAUGAUGCUUCCUUUAGAGAGUUUUACAGAAAGUAUGGAUUAAACGCUGAUAUGUCUGAUGACGGUGGGAAUAAUGAUAUAAAUAUAUAUAAUGGUCAAGAAAGCGAGGAGAAAUUAAAAGAUACAUAUGAUAAGCUUAUUGAUGGGGGGCACGACGAAGAUGACUAUGAUGAUGAUGAAAAUGUUGGUGAUGAAAAUGACGAUGAUGAGGAAAAUGAUGAUGAUGAAAAUGACGAUGAUGAGGAAAAUGAUGAUGAUGAAAAUGACGAUGAUGAGGAAAAUGAUGAUGAUGAUGAUGAAAAUGAUGAUGAUGAUGAAAAUGAUGAUGAUGAUGAAAAUGAUGAUGAUGAUGAAAAUGUUGGCGAUGAUGAUGAAAAUGAUGAUGAUGAUGAAAAUGUUGGUGAUGAAAAUAUUGAUGAUGAUGAUGAUGAUGAUUAUAAUAAUUAUAAUAAUAAAGAAUUAAAACAUAAAAAUACUUUGGAUCCUAACAAAUCCACGGUGAAUCGAAUGGAAGCACACGACAUAGCAGACAUUUUAUCCUUUGAUAACAAAAUUAGCCUGGACACCUUUAUAUACGAUUUUAGUUACAUUAAUCGAAAAAACAAUUUACUAUAUUUUAGAGGGGAUGUUAUAAAUGUAAUAAAGCGAGAAGAAAGAAAAUUAGAUGAGUCAUGCCAUUUGCAAGAAUAUGAAGAACACUUUUAUUUUAUAAAAAAUAUGUUAAGCACAGAUAUUGUUGAAGAUAAGAAAAGAGGAUGUUAUAGUUUUAUGAACGAGGAUAAUUAUUAUUAUGAUAAGUUAGAUACUUUUAGGAGUGAUGAGGAAGACAUUUUUAUUUUUAACAAUUUGUCUAUAUCAUUAUAUGAUAUAGUAGAUAGCAAUAUAGUGGAUAAUUUCUUUUCGCGUUAUGAUAAGGUGUAUAGGAUGUUUUUUAAGAAUCGGAAGAGAGGAAAUAUGGGAAUAAAUAGCGAAGGAGAUGAUAAUAAUAAUAAUAAUAGUGAUGAUGAUAACAAUAUUAAUAGUGAUGAUAAUAAUAGUAACAGUGAUGAUAAUAAUAGUAACAGUGAUGAUAAUAAUAGUAACAGUGAUGAUAAUAAUAGUAACAGUGAUGAUAACAAUAUUAAUAGUGAUGAUAACAAUAUUAAUAGUGGUGAUGAUAAUAACUUGAAAGAUAAGGAUAAAGGCAACAUAGGUAACGAAAUAAAUAUAAAAGAAAACUUAAAAAAGUUAAAAGAAGAGAAAUUGAUUGAAAAAGAAAAAUUUCGAGAAACUGAAAAAAUCGGUGUUUUAAAUAGUGGUUAUGGUUCAUCAGUAAAUAUAGGAGAAUAUGUACGUAUUGAAUUAAAUAUAGAAAAAAAAAAGUUAGCAAUAUUAAAAAAUAAUUUAAUAAUAUGUGGUGGUAUACAAACAUAUGAAGAAAAGGAUUCAUUAAUACACUGUAGAAUAAAAAAGCAUAGAUGGUUUCCAAAAUUAUUAAGAUCAAAUGACCCAUUAAUAUUUUCAGUAGGCUGGAGAAGAUAUCAAAGUAUUCCUAUAUAUUCAAUAAGCGAAAGAAAUAAUGUAAGAUUAAGAUAUUUAAAAUAUACUACUGAACAUAUGCAUUGUAAUUGUACUUUUUAUGGACCCUUGGCUAGUGUGAAUAGUGGUAUUUUAGCUUUAUAUAAUUAUAAGAAGGUUCCUUUUUAUCGUAUAUGUAUUAAUGGUUUAAUAAUAGAAACAAAUAAUAAUUUAAAUAUUAUGAAGAAAUUAAAAUUAAUAGGGGAACCAUAUAAAAUAUUUAAAAAUACAGCUUUUGUUAAAAAUAUGUUUAAUUCAGAUUUAGAAGUAUGUAAAUUUCUUAAUUGUCCUGUUGUAACUCCUAGUGGUAUUAAAGGAUUAAUUAAAAAUAAAAUAAAUAAUAAUGGUGAUUUCAGAUGUACUUUUGCCGAUAAAAUUCGAAUGAGUGAUAUUGUUAUACUAAAAUUAUAUGUAAAUGUCAAAAUAAAGAAAUUUUAUUAUUUCGAUAUUGAAAAUAAAAUCAAAUCCAUAAAUGAACUCAGAUAUUUAUAUAAUAUUUAUGUUAAUCAUAAUAAUAAUUAUAGAUCUAUCCCAUUCAGACAUUUCUAUCAUACCAAAAUUCAAAUCAAAUCAAAACUAUUAAAAGAUUUACCUUUCAAAUCCAAACCAAAAUUAUUCAAAAAAUUACAAAAUCAUGCCAAUUUAAACAACAAACAACUAACAAAUAAUAUUAAUAACAAAAAAACAAAAACAGAUCAAAUCAAUUUUAAUGCUCUACCAAAUCCAAAACUUGCUGCAAAAUGGUAUCAAAUGUUACACACAAUUAAAAAAAAUAUACUAGACCAAAAAAAAGCAAAAUCACAAUUAUCUUAUCACAAAAAGUUAAAGGAAAAAUUAAAAAUACAACAAGCAAAGACUCAAGUAGUAAAACAAAGGAAAAAAAUUUCAUACAAAAAGGGAAGAAAAUAA